AUGUCAGAUGAUGCAGGCGAAAUCUAUCUAGAAAAGAGUGUUAGUGAUGAACUAUUCGGUAGAUUAAAUAGCAACCCUGAAAACAAGAUAUGCUUUGAUUGCGGUAAUAAAAACCCAACUUGGACUUCGGUUCCAUUUGGUAUUAUGCUUUGUAUUCAAUGUUCUGGUGAACAUAGAAAGUUGGGUGUGCAUAUCACUUUCGUUAAAUCUUCAAACUUAGAUAAAUGGACAUUGAACAAUCUAAGACGGUUCAAGGUUGGUGGGAAUCACCGUGCACGUGCUUUCUUCCUCAAGAACAAUGGUAAGCAGUUUUUAGACUAUAAGACUGACAAGAAUGUCAAGUAUACUAGUCAAGUUGCGAAGAAUUAUAAGGCACAUCUGGAUCGAAAGGCUGCGCGGGAUCGCGAACAGCACCCGUCAGAGAUAGUAUUUUCGACGGAGGACGAAGUUGAAUCGAGUGACUCUGGGUCUUCAAAGAACAACAGUGUGGAUGACUUCUUUUCAAGUUGGGAGAAGCCUGCCGCAUCGCCAUCUAAUACCAAGUUGCUCACCCCAACCUCCACCAGUGGUAGCCAGAAAACCGGUAGAAGCUCCAUUUUAUCAGCUCCAAGUAAUAGGCGCAGGACUCCCUUAGCUUCUGGUAAUUCAUCAAGUGGAGGUCGGAAUCAUCCUAUUUUAUCGUCAUCAAGAAAGCCUAUUUCCAGGGCUGGGGCCAAAAAAGUCGACGCAGACAUGUUUGACCAGUUUGAAAAAGAAGCCCAGGAAGAGCGCGAAACAGCCGCGAUUGCACGUUCCACAAACUCUAUCUCUGGUGAAGGUUUUAAGCCUUCGCAGAAACCUACUUAUUCUGCUGUGCAGUUCCACCCUACGUCCAGCGAGAGCUCCCUUAAUGCCAAAGAUUAUGACGUUGAGGAAAACCCCUACAAUGAUGGUAUUAAGUUUGACCAAGUUAGAGCGGGUGGUGUAGUGCCAAGCGUAGAUGAUGUACAGCCGAAGCUGGCAAAAUUGAGUUUUGGUAUGACUAAAAACGAUGCCAAGAAACUUGCAGAUGACUCUAAGCCAGCUGCACGCGCUCCUACUGGUCCGAAGUAUACUGGACAGAUAGCCGCUAAAUACGGUUCCCAGAAGGCUAUAUCUUCUGACCAGGUCUUUGGUCGCGGCGGCUAUGAUGAGGGGACCAGUAGGGCAGCCCAGGAAAGGUUAAAGAGUAAUUUUGGUAACGCAACUUCAAUCUCAUCUGCGUCAUAUUUUGGUGAAGACAGUGCUGAGCAAGCGCAGACUGGUCGCAGCGUUGACCAAGGAAAUAAUCUCAUUGAAGUCACUCUUGGUAAGGAUGAAGAUAUCGAACUUGUUAAACAAGCAUUAGAACUCGGUGCUGAAAAGCUCGGCAGUUACCUGAGAGACUACCUUAGAAAAUAA